UUUAUGCUCAAGUCACCUUGAUUACAUUUAAGUUUCAUAUAUCUUACCUUUGUCUUUACCGUUGCUUUUAUGCAAUAGCUUAUUUUUCAACUUUUUAAACGAUUAUAAUAGAUGUGAAACUGCGUUUUGUUAAUUAAUGUAAAAAUUGGACCUAUAUUUAUUUAUCUAUAAUUUUGUAAAAGUGUUAUAUUCCGUAACUAAAUGUGUUAAAUAUGCAUAGUCGAGUUUUUACAUAGUGAACAUAAUCGGAGUACUACAUAACUAUUAUUAUGAUUGAUUGAUUGAUUGAUUGAUUAUAAAGAUGAUAUUUUGUCAUUGUCAAGAGUGUCAGAAUAAUCAUGACUUUUUGACAUUGCUUGACAUCAGUCAACUCAAGAAUUGAUGAUGGAUGAAUGAUAAAUAAAGUGAAGAGAUUAUUGUGAAUGUGAUCUGAAUUAAUUAGUCCAGUAAUUUAUUAAUUAAUGAAGUGCCCGAUAUAACUAAAUACUUAUUUAAAUAUGGGCAUUGUCACAUCUUGCUGUAAGCCUUCCGCUUCAGAUGUGUUGACUCCAGAUGCCGAAACGAGACGUCGACAGCAAGUUGAAGCUGCUGAGCGGAGAGCCGCCGAGCAAGCAGCUCGAGGAGUGAAAGAUCCGGACCGAGUGAAGAGGUUGCAAGAGAAGGCGGACGAGAUGGACAGGAGGGAGCAGGAGCUGGAGAAGGCAGGCGGGGCCAACUUGAGGUGGACGUCCAACUGAGACGAGGCAACACCUGAAUGCAGGCAAACCAAGGAGGAAAAAUAUAGAUAUAAGAAUUAAAUUUAACACCUACAAUAGCUUAUUCCGUUUUUGGCAAUCGAACGUUGAUACACAAGGCUAUUUGAAAGUAGCUGCGUGGGAUACCACAAUGUUAAAUAUGAAAAUCAAAAUUAACCCAUUAAUUUUUCCCAGUUUGUAAAAUAAUUUUGUGUUAAAGCACCCGUUGUACAAUACUAUUUCUGUACCUCGUUCGUUCAGACAUCACUGCUGUUGUUUCAAGGGAAGUUGAAGCAACCACAUGUUUGAAUGUUCCAAGGGUAUCAAUUGCAGGAAUGGUGUUGUGAAUUUUUGUGGAAUUCCAUUUUAGUUCUGACUCAAUGUCAGUGGCCAAAUAGUGAAUUCCACACAAGUUUAACGGUCACUGCUAAAAUGGAAAAUUCGCGCUUAAAUGAUGCGAAUAUUUUCCGCCUUUGACAUUGUGAAUUCAUUAGAGAAAUUGUUUCACGUACGCGAUCAUUGCAGAGCAUUGCAUUAGAGGGUUAAACUUGGGCACUCGUUCCACGCAUUAGGCUGUGUGUCCAUGGCGUCAUGAUCCGAAAUCUCGGUGCUCUAGGUGUCUUCGUCACACUUUACAAUAUUUGCAAAGUGGGAUAGAGACACAUAGUGGGCCUGGGAUCUGUGCUUUGUCGUGUCGUGCCGUGGCCAUGGGCAAACGACCUUAUAAUGUACUGUACAGUCCUCGGCGAUGAGUAGGCAUACAUCGACUGUUAGAAAGAGAUAUGUUUACUGGAUCCUUCUAUCUCUUACAGUGACAACGCUGAAUAUCUCUGAUCUCUAAACGUCGAUGUGCAGUAUUGCCGGUGAUUGUAUAUGUACGUAAUAUCGAAUUUUUAACUUCAUUAUUAAAUAUAAAUGAGGUACAGGUAGUUGUUAUACGUACCUUUUUACAUCUCGGAAGUUGGGGAUCGAACGACAAGCAAGUUCGGGAACUAAGGGUCGUCGAUCCAAAACGUCCGAUAAAAAGGUACGUGCGCGUGUAAUACCAGUACAUUAUUUAUGUAUACAUAAUGAGUUAUAACAAUUUAAAUAUAUUUGACAAAAAAUGUAUGCGUUGAGUAGGUACUGAGCAAAAUGUAGAAAGUUUGACCAGUAUUUAAACUUAAUCCGGUAUAUAUAUUUUUUGCAAAUACUCCUCUGUUUGAAAAUUGAACAUUCAAGCAGACAAUAGUUUAAAUUGUGUGUACCAUAAAGGUAGAAAAAUUUUUUUUUUCUAUCUCUAUGAAACGAAUAAGGAACAAGUGUUUUUGAACCCUAAAAUGUGAGUGUGACGUUCAACAGAUGGGUUCGAUCCACCGUGUCGUGUCGUGUCGUGUUGUGUCGUGUUUAAUAUUUAUCGAUCGGGCACAGCCGUCGAACACAAUGAUUGCCGAAAUCAACCGAUAACUCUUUUGAAAUCACUGGACACUUUUUUUUUUAAUUUUUGACAGCCAAGCUUAGACGCCUUAUUUUAAAGUUCUGUUUAGUUUUUGGCUGCUUAGGAUAGUAAUCAAUCUGCGAUACUGUAUUUUCUACGUAGGUGAAUCAAGUGACCUGGUACUAUUAUUCUAUGGAAACUGACUAUAUACUAUAAUGAUGAUAUCACUGUACAUAAUAUAAAUAUGAAGAUUUGAUAGAGAUAUUUACAAAUGCUAUUUAUACACAUCCAUUUUUAUUAUUUAAUAUUUUUUCAUUGUAUGCUCCUCAUGAUAAGUAUGUUUAGUUGCCAAAAUAUAUUUUAAUUUAACAAUCGGCAGUUAUAUUUUAUUCUGCUUAAGUAUGUAAUAAAAUUGUUUCCCGUUUUAUUUUAUUCGUAAUUUAUUUAAAGAGGAGUAAGCGUUAUUAUUUCUAAAAAAAAUUAUAAUAUCGUUACUUGCCGGACAUGUGCACUGAUGUAUAUUUUAAUGUUCUGUUAAUGUAUAGUAUGUUUAAGUUAUUAAUAUUAAUUAUACAUGUCCAAUAAAAA